AUGGGCGGAGAAUUAAUCCGUCUCGAUAAUAAGCACAUCUCCGUUGAUCAAAUGACAAUGUCUGUAGAUCGGGUGUUGCAUUGCUACAUCCAUAAUAUGUUUGGUCCUCCAUCGCCGUUGAUCGAGAAUUACUUGCGGGAAGCGGGAUUUUGGCACGUGGUCACGAUAGGCAAGGGGUGCAAGUUGGGCCCGAAACUAAUCAGUGUGUUGAUAGAGAGGUGGAGACCCGAGACGCACACUUUUCAUCAUCCAUGCAGAGAGUGUACUAUCACUCUGGAAGACGUGCAUUUGCAAUUGGGAGUACCGGUGGAUGGGUGCGCAGUUAUCGGGCCCGCAUCAUCUACUGAUUGGGGAGCCGUAUGCUACGAGCUUUUGGUUGCUAUACCGGAUAAUAUUAAUGGAGGUCGGAUCGAGAUAGGCUGGUUACGAGACACAUUCCCGGAGCCGGAUAAUGAUUUGACUGAACUCAAAAGAAUACGAUAUGCUCGAGCAUACAUUCUUGAGAUGAUUGAAGGUUAUCUGAUGCCGGACUUGUCACGAAACCUUGUACAUCUGAGAUGGCUGCUGAAACUCAUAGAUUUUAGAGCAGCUGGUGAAUUAAGUUGGGGGUCUACCGUGUUGGCAACAUUGUACAAUGAAAUGUGCAGGGCGACGCGACCGAACAAAGCCAAAAUAGGAGCAUGUGAAGGUCCCAUUGGAGAACUUUGCUACCGUGGAAAUGCACCAGUCAGAUUGAGUAUUGCGGCAAUUUGGAUUCCGACAACUGAUUCCCGUGGCACCCGAGGUGUUUUAUGA